AUGCCCAUUUCCAGGGAGCAUUUAUGGACUUCUCUUCGAUUUUACACGGCAUACUUACCAAUUGUAGAGGCUGCCAAAACACUUCACUACGUAGUGUUAGCCUUAUAUGAUGAUCAGAAUACUUCACCUAUAGAUGGUUGUGUAAGUAAUGGUGCAUUUACGGAGUCUUCAUGGACGACACCUAAUACACCUCAGAAGGAUAACUCUGUGAUGAGAUCAUCAUCAACAUCAACACCUCUCCCUCCUGGAGUUACACUCCCUUCAACUAAUAUCGGGGCUGAUGCAUGUAAUAUGUCUUCCUUGGAUCUUACCACGAAGCCUCUUUUGGUUGCAACUCCGCGUUAUUUACUCUUUAGAAAAGUGGAUGUUUCAACACCACCACUAAAACAAAUGAUUGGAAAGAUACGGUAUUGUUUUGUGUUAUGUAACAAGAGUUUUAAAGGUGAAAAUUGUAAUUGUAGUAAGAUUCAUCUAUUAAAGAAAAAUCCCUGGUACUUGGAAUUAAGUUCUUUUGAUUAUGAAAAAUUUUAUGUUUCAAGUCAAUUUUCAGUUUAUUGUGUGAAUAUUAAAGAGAUACGUCCUACUGCUGGUUUUUUAUUUGCAUGUGGAUUAUUACAUGAACAUGUCCUUGACGCUGUACAACCUUCUCUUUGUCGAUAUAAUGAUCGUUGCCGUUAUGGAUCCCGUUGCCUCUUUGUACAUGCGAAUAUCUGUCGUGGGGAGAUGAUAUCCAUAUCGGCUGGGAUGCCGCUGCGGAAUCACCUCAAGGCGGAGAAGGACCUCCCCACCUUUCUGCACCUGCUGGAGGAGAUGGGCCUGCGGACGGUGGGGGACGUGCAGCAGCUCAGCGAUAACGCCUUUGAUGCUCUCGUGAGCCGCUGCGAUGCCUGUUGGCUCCCGCAUUGGCUGAACAUCUCCACCGUGCGGGUCCUGCAGCCGAAAUUUCCCCUCGAGGCGGUCCUCGCGACGUUCCCGGACGUCCCCCUCCCCGUCCCCCUCCCACCGCCCCUCACCACCGUCGGCUCGCUCAUAAAACUCCCAGCAAGACUCUUCUACGCCCUGCCCCUCCCACUAAAAGUACAGUCAGCAUGUGAACAGAUACGAAGCAGGUUUCAACCAGACAGUGAUUACGAUGUGAUUGAUUUAAAGAAGGAAAAGGAAGGUUCUUUUCUUUCUUUUGUUACCCCUAUUAUUCUCUCCUUUCGACACGAAAAUGCACAUGUAAGUUGGCGAAAAAAAGAUCCUCAACGACCAGUAGUAACAUCUCUUAUUACCUAUGUGGACCCGGCGGAGUGUUCCUGUCGUUCUAAUGAAGGAUUUCUAUCACGUGGGUCCUUUGUCCGACACCACCUUCCACAAAAAGGUACCGAGAAGUACCCAGAGAAUUCCUGGUGCAGUUGUCCACGAUCAUUUGUUAUUGCUGUAAAUUAUGAGCUCAGCACUCCAAGUGGGUCACGGUGUUCAGAGCAAAAUGCAAUGGGUAAGCUUGCUUCCAUGGGUUUACCAACAAAUGCAGUACGAGAGGUGUUUGUACAUGGUGAAAACAAGGGAAUACAAAAGGAUCCAAAUCCACUCUUUCCAUGUGGAGUAUGUGAAAAUAUGUUGCGUAAAGUAACUCGAGAUGUUCAUGAGGCACAUGGGGGAAAUGUUAUGCUUUAUAUGUUUGAUUCGACAGAAGAUCCCAAGAGGUUAGUCUCCCUUCCCCUAAAUGAAAUUUCGCAUCGUGAUGGAAGCGUUUUUAAAAAAUUCAUUGAAGAUUUACGUGAUGAGUGA